AUGAAAAAUGGAGAAGGAGUCAAGAACAAAAUUGUAAUUGCAUCGUACAUGCGCAGUGGAUCAACCUUUACAUCAGGAUUAAUUCAACAAGGAAGAAAUGUGUUUUUCAUUUUCGAACCUUUCUAUGGUAUAUACUUUAGAAAUUAUAGAACAAAAGAUAGUGUGUGCUCGAGAGAAGGAGAAUGCAGAUACAAACUAAAUCAACUUGAAAGCCGAAACACAACUUUUGAAAUAUUCAAAAAUAUUUUUAGCUGCAAAAUGUCUCUUCUUCCAGCUGAAGUUCUGUCUUCGUUUUGGAAAUUUGAAAGCCUUACUGGAAGGUCAAGAUUAAAAAAAUGUUACAAACCCAAAGUUGGAACCUUCGCAAAUUUUGGAGACAGAGAUCUGGUAAAGAAAAGAAAAUGUAUUCGUUACUUGGAAGAUAUAUGCAAUAGAUCAAACACCAUCCUUAUCAAAACCAUUCGGAUGUCAUUGGAUAUUUUAUUUGAUAUUGUUACUGGAAUUCCUCGUCUCAAGAUUGUACAUCUAGUAAGGGAUCCAAGGGCGAUUUUAAAUUCACGAAAUAUCUUCUUUCAAUAUGAUAAUGCCGAUGUUAAGAAUAUGAAAACCAGCGCUUACGGAUUAAUCACAUGA